UGAGCUGACAUUUCCUCAGGCCCUUGGGCUUCCCACACUGACUCUGAUACAAACUCCAAAACAGCACACCUGCAACCAUGAUGAGAAGAUUUCUGAAGAACCAAAAGGGCCGCUUUUCACUCCGCCAAAGCCGUUCAGGUUCCCGCAGCGCCUCCAAGGAUUUCUACCCAAAUCCUCAAGUGCUCAGGGACUUCCCCUUAAACAUUGAAUUGGCCCUUCCAGCAACUAACCAGGGCUGGCCUGAGGAUUUUGGUUUCAAGCUAGGUGGAGAUGGACCUAGCUACAUCCUAUCUGUGGUGGAGGGCAGCAGUGCCUAUAUGGCAGGUCUACAGCCUGGUGACCAGGUGCUGGAAAUUGAUGGGCAGAACGUCUCCUCUCUCAGCACUAAAGCUCUCAUCGCCUUGGCCCAAACUCUCAAAACUGUACCUCCAAGCAUCGGGGUUGUGUCUCGCAUUGAACAGUUGGACAUCACUCCAGGACCUGACGGCCGCUUUGGCUUCACCAUUGUUGGAGAUUGCCCCUUGUUGGUGGAGGACUGUAUGCUCAACUCUCCAGCAGGUCGCAGCGGGUUACGGGCAGGGGACUAUGUGAUGGAGGUGAAUGGAAUUCCAGUGAAGCACCAUGAGAUGGCGGCAGCCAUGAUUAAGGCAUCGCAGGGGCGUACGCUGCGUCUUGGCGUGCUCAGAAUGAACCGUUGGCAAAAACGCACCAGCAGCAGUAUGAAAGAGACCUACCAGAGCGGAGAUAUAGUCCGUCAGGACCGCAAACACAAAGCCCUGGAGUUUAACAAGAAGGUUGAGGAGAUUUUAGGAGAGGAGCCAAUGGUGAGGGAGAGGCUUUUUGACCUAUUGAAGCAAUAUGCUUCAGAGAGGGAUGUGGAACAGUUGGCAUCUACACUUCCUGAGAUACUGAUCAAUGAGGAACAUCAGCAGCUGAUUGACAGCAUCAGGAUCUUCAUCCCCAAGAAGCACCGGCAGCGUUUUGAUGAAGUGGUCUCCCAGAGCCUGAUCAGCCGCCUGAGGGGCCGAAGUUUUAGUGAGCACAGGCAGAGCGGAUUGCGCCGCAGCCGCAGCGAGGAUCACCCUGAGCGGCUGCUAGUGUCCACACGGGCCAGCUCAGUGCCACGCACUGCCCAUGAGGAUGGCAUCAUCCCCCCCUCUCGUGGCCUUCGCAAAACAACUUCACUCAUCGCUGGGCACUCCGGCGCCAUUGCCAACCGCAGGACAGUGCGGGUAUACAAGGGGAACCAGAGUUUUGGUUUUACCCUACGUGGCCAUGCUCCCGUUUGGAUUGACUCGGUUAUUCCAGGUAGUCCAGCCGAGAAAGCAGGCCUCAAACCUGGAGAUCGCAUCCUCUUUCUCAAUGGCCUUGACAUGAGGAACUGCGCCCAUGAGAAAGUGGUGGCAAUGCUGCAAGGCAGUGGAGCUAUGCCUUCUCUAGUGGUAGAGGAUGGCCCUCCAGCCUUCAUGCUGGCCGAGCCUGAGACUAUGGAGGCAUCUCCACGCUCACGUUCUCCUGUGCUUAGCUCCCUACAGUGGGUGGCCGAAAUUCUGCCACCCAGCAUCCGCGUGCAGGGCCGCACUUUCAGUCAGCAGCUGGAGCACCUACUCACCUUGCAAGAGAGAUACACCAUCUGCAAAUCCCUCGAGGCCUUCUUCCAGCACAGGAACGUGGAUACUCUGAUCGUGGAUGUGUUUCCAAUCCUGGAUACUCCAGCUAAGCAGGUGAUCUGGCAGUUUAUCUACCAGCUGCUGACCUACGAGGAGCAAGAACAUUGUCAAAGCAAGAUCUCACGGUUCCUUGGUUAUAAAGUCACAUUGCCUGUGGCAGAGCCAGAGCCACCAGCUCCAGAACCCCACCGUCGUAGUAGCUCUAUGAAGGUGACAGGCACCACCUACCGGAGCAGUGUGAGAGGCCGUAGUUCAGAUGACCUGGUCAUUGGCACUCACCUGGGAAUGGGGAUCCGCACUGAGCCUGUUGAGUUGGCUUCUAUGAGACUGGCUCCUGGUGAAAGACAGUCUGGAGAUGGGACCUCUCUACCAGAGACACCCAACAACCUCACUAAUCUAUCUGCUGUAUAUGCUGAGCUGGAGAAUGUGCAUGUAGGCAAGAGGUCUAAAUCCCUGAAGAGCCGUCCUCCUCCUGCCCCUGAAACAGUGAUUGACAUCUACCCUCACUCAUCUAGCCAGUCUGUCAGAGCUAAAUCUUCCUCUCCUUCUGUACGGGCUAGUUCAGGCAGUCGUAAGGCAACAUCAAUCCAGCCUCCCCCUCCUCCUCCCCCACCUCCCCAACCUAUAUGGACUGAGUCCUUGCCCAGUCCCCAGGGCCCGUCCUAUCCCCAUGAGCUUCCAUCCCAGGGGAGUGCAGAGUCCAACCCCUACAUUAGCCUGGACAGCCCGUCAUUAUCACCACCGUCCCCACCUGACUAUCCACCAAGCCCCCCAGACUACUUACCCAGUCCUCCUAUCCGGAAGAAGCGCUACACGUUUUCCCGUCCCCCCCGCAGUGCUGACACAGACCUGUUUAUGGAGGCCCUCACGGAGCAGUUGGGUCAGCAGCUAUCUGUUGAUGACUUUUUGUCUCCAGAAAAUGACUAUGAGGAGGAUGUGGUCCAGAUGACCCUCCAAGAUGAGGAGGAUGAGGAAAUAGAGGAUGAAGAUGAGGAGGAAGAUGAAGGCCCUUAUAUCCCUCCUGAGCUCAGCAGUGCCAGUGAGAUGCAUAGUAGCAGUGAGGAUGCAAGUUCUCUCACCUAUUCAUCCAGCUCUGAGCACAUUCCACCUCCACCUCUCACCCCACCUCCCCCACCUCCUGUUCAAUUUAAUGAUCCACCACCUCCUACCAACUUCACCUCUGAUCAAGGAGCCCGACAAUUAACUUUCCGCCGUCACCCAGGACCUCCACCUCCACCUCCUCCUAGGGCCAAUCCUCCUCCAAAGCGACAGUCUAUUAACAAGGUGCUUCCUACUCGGGAGGAAUUGAUGGCCCACCAGGUUCUCCAGGAAGCCCAGUCUCUACCAGUCCAGUCGACAACUGUACACUCCCAACACCCCCUACAGCAGAUGCACCAGUCCCUGCCCCCAUUGCCUUCUCCAGACCUAUCUCCAUCUGCCAUCCAUAGUCAUAUGAUGUACCAAAUGCAUCACCAAACUCAACAAAGUCAACAAGAUCAACAGGUUUAUCAAAUUCAUCAGAGUCACGAGGCUCAGCACAGCCAUCAACUUCAUCAGGCUCAACAGAGUCAUCAAAUGCAUCAAAACCACCAGACUCCUAAUACCCAUCAGACUCAACUCUCAAGCUCCAUGGACAGGCUUGACAACAUUGACAGAAUGGAACUGUCUGAUAGACAUAUUUAUGAGGUUUACCAGCCUCAACCAAUGCAUCCUGGUCGUCAGACUCCCCUUAGUCAUCAUCAAAGCCAUCAAGCUCAGCUAUCCAGCUCCAUGGAUAGGCUGGAUAGAUUGGAGAGGAUUGAACACUUAGAACUGAUGGAACGUUUAGAACGGAUGGAACGUUUAGAAAGACUGGAAUGGAUGGAAAGGUCAGAGAGAGCUGAAAGGAGAGCUGAAAUGCAUCAGGCCCAUGUGUCUCAAACAAACUCCCAGUCUAUUCGCCAGACUCAACAGACUCCCCAACCUCAGUCGGCUUAUCCCAGUCAACACCAAAUCCACCAGAUCCAUCAAGUCUAUCCACAAACCCAACCUUCUUCACUUACCCACCAACCUCAUCAUGUUCAUCAGAUUGAGCACAUCCAUCAGACCCAGCUUGUGCCCUCUGCUCCUCAGUACCAUGUCAUCCACCAGCCCCACCAACCUCACCAGUCCCAGAUCCUUUCCACCUUCCAGCCCCUGCCUCAACAUCAGCCAAUAUCACAACAGCAAACACAGCAGCAGCAGCAGCAACAGCAGCAGCCACAGCAACACCAACAUCAAUCUCAUCCAGUCCACCCUUCAACCCAAGCCAGACAGAGUCCUCAUCCCAUUCAGCACCAACGACAUCAGCAUCACCACGAAGCUCAAUCACAGUCUCAACCUCAGCCCCAGCCCCAGCCUCAGACCCACCACCAAGAGGCAUCUACCAUGGAGCCUCCUCCACCUCCACCUUUGCCCCCUCCUUGUGUGCCCCCUCCUCUACCCCGUGCUUCACCACAAAAAUCAGACUCCAGUCACAUGAAUGUGAAGAGGCUACGCUGGGAACAAGUUGAGAACUCUGAAGGAACGAUCUGGGGACAGUUGGGAGAAGACUCUGAUUAUGACAAGCUCAGUGACAUGGUGAAAUAUUUGGACUUGGAAUUGCAUUUUGGUACACAGAAGAAUCUGAUCUCUAUUCCAGAACCUGCACCUCAGCCUGAGACAUUCAAAAAGAAAGAUCUAAUUGAGAUUCUUUCCCAUAAGAAAGCCUACAAUGCAUCCAUCCUGAUUGCCCAUCUGAAGCUGUCUCCAGGUGAGCUGCGUCAGGUGCUAAUGACGAUGGUGACCGAUCGCCUGGAGGCAGCACACAUCAAGCAGUUGUUAUUGUAUGCGCCAGAUGAUGACGAGGUCAAACGAUACGAGCAAUACGCUGACAACCCUAACAAGCUCAGUGAGCCAGAUCAGUUUGUCUUACAGAUGCUGUCUGUGCCUGAGUAUAAGACCCGUCUGAAGAGUCUGCAUUUUAAAAGCUCGCUGCAGGAGAAAACUGAGGAGAUGAGAGCAGGAUACGAAUGCAUCUACAAGGCCUCACUGGAGCUUAAAAACAGCAAAAAACUAGCAAAGAUUCUGGAGUUUGUCCUUGCAAUGGGGAAUUACUUAAACAAUGGCCAGCCCAAGGGAAGUAAGACCACUGGCUUUAAGAUCAAUUUCCUUACUGAACUUGGUACCACCAAAACCGUAGAUGGAAAAUCCACUUUUCUGCAUAUCCUGGCUAAAUCAUUGUGCCAACAUUUUCCUGAGGUACUGGACUUUGCCAAAGAACUCACGACUGUACCACUGGCAGCCAAAGUGAAUCAGAGGAACAUCACCUCAGAUAUGAACGAUCUGUACACCACCAUCCAAGACAUCCGCUCAGCCUGCCAAAAGAUGCCAGCCACAGCUGAGGACCGCUUUGCUGUUGUUAUGAGUGGUUUCCUGGAGAACAGCCACCCUGCUGUUCAGUCUCUGGAGUCUCUACAGCAGAGAGCUAUGGAGGAAUUCUGUAAGGUGGCCUCCUUCUUCGGCGAGGACGGCAAGGUCACCACCACCGAGGCUUUCUUUGGCAUCUUUGCUGAAUUCACUUCAAAGUUUGAUAGAGCCCUAAUGGAGAAUCAGGCCAGUGAGAAUCCUCCACGCAGUCCACGCAGUCCUCGCAUGGCGUCUCCCCUUGCAUGGUGACGGGACACACAAGCACACAUAUGCACAUACUGUAUACACAUUUAUAUGAAGUACACACAUACUCAUACACAUUGUACAUGCACUAAAAGACUUUGUUUCAACAUACUAACAAAUACAGACAUACCUGGAAAAACAUAAGCUACAUAUGCUGUACAUAAGUACAUAAGCUCUUAUAGUGACUUCACUUCAUACAUUUUUGAGCUACAUAGGCUACAUGGAGUUUUUGGAACAUGUUCAAACUAAAUGGGGAAAAAAAAAAAACUGAACACAUGUCUUAAGACAAAGGAUUGUAGUAGCAUUAUACAGCGUGACUUUUAAUGUACACAAACGUAAAUAUGGUACUGAAUCAGCUGUGGAAUGUGAACAGAACUGUGAAUGAAAUUCUACACAAAUGAAAUACCUGGUGUUGUUUUGAAUAUAAAUGUGCUUACAUGUUAAUCCAUGAGGGCUUUGUUUAAAAGAUUACCAUUGAUUCUUCUACUGUAGAAUGUAUUUACAUAGACCUUGGACACUUUGGAUAUAACAUAAUAUAUUUCUUAUAGAGAUAUAUGACUGAUUUAUGAAUAUUCUAAUUAAUGUUUUAACUAAUAAAGUGAUUCCUUAUAUAGUAGGGUGCAAUAUCACAUGCGAUAUAUGAAAUAAACAGAUAUUUUAAGAGUUAUUGUAAGAGUUUCUAUAGGUAGUUUUUAUUGUAGUAUGACAGAUCAGAUGUAAUUAUGAGAGAAUUAGGUAAGUUGUCUUCUGUAAUCUUUUUUGUGGUCAUCCAUAAUGAAUGUAAACAUAUGCAGGCUUUCAUUUUUUUGUGUUUGGUAUUUGCUUUAUCAUAUGCUGAAUGUAAAAUAGAACAGAAGUUAUUUGUUUAUUUGUUUGUUUGUCUGUUUUUUUAUGAGGAAAAUAACAGGAAAUGUAUCUUCAUCAUUUUUCUUUAUUUUUAUUUUAGUUUUUUAAUUUGUGAUUUUUAAUGUGUAAUAUAUGUUGUGUAUUCAAUGAAUGGAUUUAUGUUCUUUCUUUUCUUUCAUGUAGUUAGAAUUAUUAGUAUUGUUUGUGUAUAUUAUGCGUUUCUUAUCAGUUUACACACAAUUAAUGGGCCUGGGAGGUUGCAAUAAAUACUAAAGGUAAUAUGAUGAAAGUGAAUAAUGAAAUUGAUCAACACUGUUGUGAUAUAUUUAUUUUAAAAAAACAUAUUUGUUUCUCAAAGGGAAAACUUUUGAAUUUUUAGUAAUUAUUUCAGGAAUUAUAUUAUUAUUAUUAUAGUAGUAAAGUCAUAACAUGCAUAUUACUGUAAUGCAAAAAAAAAAAAAAAGGCAUUCUUAAUUUGGUUAGUCAACUGAUAUCUGUGUAUGAUAUUAGUUUCCUGACUUUUUCAUUGGGUUUCUAAAUUCAGGCCUGUAGACAUUUUUCUGAAUAAGGUGCAUUGUUGCCUAAUAGCUGCGCUGCAAUACUGAUGAUUUUCAAUGUCUGUAUUUUUAAAUUUGGAUUAGUUGUCAGAACAUCAGUUCCAAUAUUUAGGUCCAUGUCUUGUCACCCUACCGUUUUAAUUGCUAGUGCACCAUCAUUCUGAUACCUUUUUGGUAAUAAAACCUCCUUACAU